UGAAAAACAUACACUGCCGCGAUGAGCUCGCGGUAUCAAUGGGUCCUUGCGGCAGGAGCGGUGUGCUGUUUCCUGAAUGUCAUGUACCUUGCAUCCAAGUACGGCAUGCUGGAGGUCCUGAUUCCCAAGAACCCAGCCCUCCGCCGAGUCACCAAUGCUCCUGAUCCCGUCGAUGACAUGACAACCGCGACGAAUCCUGACAUCACUACCACCACGCAGCUUGAUGUCACCAAGCAUUCGAUUGGCGCCAUCAUGAAUCCACUCGUGGCGAUGCCGACAUUGCAGAACGAUACUGCCAUGCAGCGUCGAGUGGUCGGUGCAAUGUCGUGGGCAUGGGACGCCUACCGCAAACACGCGUUCGGGUUUGACUCGUUAAACGUCCAGGAGAUGGUGAAGGACGGGUUACCUGGUCACGACAUGGCCAUCUCGCUCGUCGAUUCCCUCGAUACAUUGUACAUUAUGGGGCUCCGAGAAGAGUUCAACGAAGCCGUGGACUGGGCCGAAGCGAACCUUGCUGCUCGGUACCCGCUCCCGCCCAAAGUCAGCAUCUUCGAAACGACCAUUCGCAACCUUGGGGGCUUGCUGUCAGCGUACACGUUGUGCCGCCGACCGUCGCUGCUGUCUCUUGCUGAUGAUUUGGGCGAACGAUUGCACCGUGGCUUAAAGCAGACGGCGCUUCCACUAUCGCUCGUCAGCCUCAUCGACGGCUCCACGAGUGAUUCGAGUUACGUGGCCGAGUUCACGACGAUCCAGUUGGAGUUCAAGUAUUUGGCCCACCUGACAGGCAAGACUGAAUACCGGGACACGGUCGAAGAAUUAAUGGAUAAAGUGGCGGCUAUUGUAGCCCAGGACUUUCCAUCCGGUGUGUUGCCAGUCAUCGUGGAUAGCCACAACGGGAAGAUCCAUCCCGGCGUGAUCAAGCUCGGUGCCGGCGGCGACAGCUACUACGAGUACUUGCUCAAACAGUGGCUAUUUUCCGAUAAACGGGAGACCAAGUACAAGGACCGGUACAUGCACGCCGUGAACGGGAUCAUGACCAAGCUCGUCGGCCGUACGAAAAAAUCCAACUGGCUGUUCCUGGGCGAGCUGUCCGAGGGCACUCCGCUGAGACCAAAGAUGGAUCACCUGGUGUGCUUCAUCCCGGGUAUGCUCGCGUUGGGCUACGUCAACGGCAUGCCCGAGUCGCACUUGACGCUCGCCAAGGAGUUAUUGCACACAUGCUACCAGAUGUACAACCAAAUGGCAUCCAAAUUGGCUCCAGAGAUUGCGUAUUUCAACACUGCCACGACAGACGACGACAUCCAAGUGCAUCCCCAAGACGCGUUCAAUAUUUUGCGGCCGGAAACAGUCGAAAGCCUCAUGAUCCUGUAUCGCGUGACCAAGGACGAAAGGUAUCGACAGUGGGGCGUCCAGAUAUUUGACGCUUUCGAGCGCAACACGCGGCUCGACACGGGGGGGUUCUCGAGCGUCGGCCACGUCGACCAGGCAACUGCGACCAAAUUCUUCCGCCCCACCAUGGACAGCUUCUUCAUGGCCGAGACGCUCAAGUACUUUUACUUGCUCUUUUCCGACGAGGAAACAAUUCCGCUGUACAAGUACGUGUUCAACACGGAGGCACAUCCGUUCCCCAUCCAGCGCGACCAAACAAAGCAAGCGACCUCUACGUCGACGCCGUAGCCUUUCCUGAACGACCUGGUCGUGCACCCCCUGUGACCACUUAUUCACAAACACAUUUCCUUCUGCACCACGAUUGCAACUUGAAAAAAAUACGACAAAGAAGUCGAUGAGGGA